CGCGAUGGCCGACACAACGCUGCGGUCGCGCGGAAGCUAGCCAGCUCUCAUGAGUGUUGGCAGAAUCGCAGCCGGUCAGUCAUCAGCAGCCGCAGCCACCGCUCCUGCCCCGCCGCUGCACGGCCUCAAGCUGCUACUGCACCUGGGCUCACUGGGCGGCGCGGACUGGGCGGCGGGCCUGAUGGCGGCAGCCGGCAUGGCGAGGCCUGCGGCUGGUGGUGGCGGGGGCAGUGAUGGUGGUGAUGGUGGUGAUGGUGGUGGUGCCGGCGGCGGCAACGAUGACGGCGCAGCAGUCCCUGACCCAGGCGGCAGCGGCACUGGCGCAGGAGGCCAGCGCGGCGGAGUGGGGGGCGGCGGCGGAGAGGCGGCAGAGGCGACAGCAGCGGCGGAGGCGACAGCGGCGAUGGAGGCGGCGGAUGCGGCGGCUCUGGGUGCGCUGCGUUCAGUGGUUGUGGGCCAACUGGGGGCGGCGGCACUGCUGACGGAGCUGCAGCCGCCGGACCAGCCCCAGCAGGUGACGCACGUGGUGGUGGGCGGUGCGGUGCUGCGGCGGCGGCCGGAGCUGCUGCAGGCGCUGGCGGUGGAGCUGCAGCCCGCACUCAUGGCCAUACACGCCGCCCGCCCCGAGCUGGAGCUGACGCCGGCCGAGCUGGGUGUACGCAUGCGGGUAGUGGACGGGAGCUGGCUGGCGGCAGCGCUGCGGCAGCGCAGGUGUAGUGCCAGGCGUGUACCCGCCGCGCCCCACAACGUGCCCCAGCUGCUGGAGGAGGCCGCCCGGGUGUGGCGCAAGCAACAGCAGCGCCCGCCGCCGGGCGCCACCACCGCCCCCAACCCCACUACUACCAUGACCUCCACCACCACCACGACCAGCAAUGACAGCAGCAAGGGUGACAGCAAUGAGCAGCAGCAGCAGCCACCCAGCACGCCAGCGCUUUCCGCCGGCCGCGCCUUAACGCGCCGCCUGCUGGCCACAUCGGCCGCCCACAGCAGCGGCAGGAACCUACAACUACAGGAGCUGCCGCCGCUGCCGCCACUGCGUUCAGGAACGCCACACACGUUAUUGACAACCGAUGCCAUUGGGCAAGGCGGCGGCGCCAGCAGGAGUGGCGAUGGUGGCGCCAGCGUUGGAGGCACAGGCGCGCAGCUGGUGCCUGCGGCGGCGGCGGCGGUGGCGGCACCGGUGGUAGAGGAGGAUGAGGAGGUGGAGGUGGCGGCGGGGAAUGCUGCAGCUGGUGCUGUCGCGCGGGCAGCAACGCGGCUGCCUCGGGGCGUGUGGCCGCUAGCGGGACCGACGCCUGCACCCAAUGCACCGCUGGCGAGGUACGCGCGCUGGUUGGGCUUCUGGGACUCCCGGCUGGACGCCGUAGAGCGGGCUGUGGAGCUGGUGCUGUGGGGGCUGUACGACACCGGCCGCUGCGCCGCGCGGGGGAACAGCGGGCUGGACAUCGCGGUGCGGGAGCUGAUGCGCUUCGAGGAGGCGCUGGCGGGGCCGAGGGACAACACGGAUGCGCCGCCGGGCGCACGUGGCAGCCACCGCCGCCCCAGCCUCCGCCCGCCGCCCGGCGCCCUUUCCCGCUCGCCGCGCCCGCCACACCAGCAGGCUGACACCGCCGGCGGCAGCAGCAGCGGCAGCGCCAGCGGCAAUAGCACUCAUGGCGGCAGUAGCACUCAUGGCGGCGAUGGGGACGGCGACGGCGAAGGGGAGGAGGGAGGGGGCCGGCACUGGUGGGCUGCGGCGGACGUGUCGACCUCCACCUUCCCCAUCAUCAACCACCAGGCGCUCAACUGGUCGCACGUUGCCGCGGCGGUGCGCGGCGCCGCCUUCCACAUCGCCCCCGGCACGCCGCCACAGCAGCUGCAGCGGGAGCUGCCCUUCGUGGGCGCCUUUGGGGCGGCCGUGCUGCACGAGCUACUGCUGAGCUCCACAACAACAGCAGCAGCAGCAGCAGCAGGCGCGGGAGCGGGAACAGGGGCAGUAGCAGGGGCGACAGGGGGGACAGGGGAUGGUGGUAGGAGGAGGAAGGGCGGCAGGCGGCGCGGCCCGAGCUCGGGUGAUGAGACGGAGGACGAGGCUGCUGCGGAAUCGGAGAAGCAGCAGGGGCAACAGCAGCCGGAGGCGGCAGUGACUGCAGCAGUAGCGGGGGUUGACCAGCAGCAACAGCAGCAGCAACAGGCGCCGUGGGCACGCGGCCUGCUGCAGCCCCCGCCACUGACAUGUGGGCUGUUGGAGGCGUUCCGGGCGGACUGGCCGGUGUGCGACUCGCGGGGGCAGCUGCGACCGGGCACCGAGGGCGCCGCCACCCGGCGGCGGUUCGCCGCACUACCUGGCUGCGGCCCCGUGUUGGCUCGGCGGCUGUGGGCGGCCGGCCUGCGCAGCUACAGCCAAAUGCUGCUGCGGGGCGGCGGCGCGAGGGCGGCGGCGGGGCUGGCGGCGCUGCCCGUGACGGAGGACGUGGCGGCGGAGCUGAGGGAGCUAGGGGUGCCGGGGUACGACAGCGGUGAUCGUGGCGCUGCUGGAUCUGGAUCUGGGGUUGGAUCUGGAUCUGGAUCUGGGUUUGGAUCUGGGAGAGCGGGUGCAGGCGGAGACCUGAAGAGCCGGGCGCCGAAGCGGCGGCGGCGCGGCGGUGGCGGUGGUGAAGCAGUAGCAGCGGCUGAGGAAUGGACCGGGGAGGAGGAUGCAGGCGGCAAGGGGGGCGAAGCGGUGUGGGGACGGGAGGACACGCCGCCACGCGAGCCCGGAGGCGGACGGGGGUUAGCAUUUGUGCCGUACGACAGACAGGGGGAUGCAGAGACAGACACAGACACAGACACCGACACGGCGGGUGACGGAAGUGGCGGGCGCCGAUGCCUUGGUCCGGGCGGCGGCGGCGGCGGCGGCGGCGGCGGCGGCGGUGGCAGCAGGAAGCGCUCAGUCCGCGGCGGCGCCCGCAGCAGUGGCGGCGGAGGCGGCGCCGCAGAUGGCGAUGACGGCGGUGCGGGGUCUUGGUGGCGUGGUGAGGUGUGGUAUUCCCUGGUGUGGCGCCGUCACCUGGUGGAGGAGACGCUGUGUGCGGAGGAGGUGGGCGAGAUGAGGCAGGUGCUGCUGAACGCAUUGGCGGCUGUGUCGGGUCGGCCCGGCUGGCUGCUGGUGCUGGCGGGCGGCGGCCGCCGCGGCCGCGCCACCGCCGACGCCGACUUCCUGGCCACACACCCCACAUACCCCCUCCGUAGGGACAGCGGCGGCGGCGCAGCAGGCGGCGGCGGCGGCGGAGGAGGAGGUGGCGACGCGGGGGACAGUGGGGGCCGCAUGGGCGGCGGUAUGCGCGGGAGCGAGGGCGCGGGCGAGGAGGCUGGCGGCCGCGGGCGGCUGCCGCUGGUGGUGCGGCUGUAUGAGGCGCUGGCGGCGGCGGGGCGGGUGGUGCCACUGGAGGCAGGAGCCUUCUUGCGCAUACAGGCGGGCAAGGAGGCGGGUGUGCUGGACAGAAUGAGGGCCAUGGUGGCGAUGGGCCGCUGGUCGGGCAGCGAUGAGCAGAUGGACCGGUACGACCACCUGUGGGCCGUGUGGGUGACGGGCGCGGGACGGCGGCGGCGGCUGGACGUGGUGCUGGUGCCGUACGACAGCAGUUGGCCGUACGCCGUGGCGGGCUGGACGGGCAGCCGGCAGUACCUGCGCUUCAUGAGGCAACACGCGCUCAACUGCGGGAUGUUCACCAACGCGCACGGCACGCUGCGAUCCGUCGUCCGCCCACAGCGCAAGCACCCGUCAGCCGCCGGCCUUGGCUCUGCCGGCAGUGCAGUGGCUGGGGGCGUGGGCGUGGGCGUGGGCGUGGUCCCUACGGAGGCGCUGCCCACGGACUCGGCCGGUGUGGAGUUCGAGCCGCCCGGGUGGCGCGAGCGCGGGGAGGCAGAGCAGCGGGAGGUGGCGGCGCAGGAGGCGCGGGAGGCGGGUGCGGGCGACCCGGCCACGGGGCUGUGCGACACCACCAACGUUACCGUGGCGGUUUGCAUGGCGGCGGCGGCGGGUGUUGGUGUUGGUGUUGGUGGUAGUGAUCGUAGUGGUGGUGGUGGUGGUGAGGGUAGUGACAGAGACGGUCAGGGUAACGGUGGGGGCGGCACUGGCGGCAGCAGGAGUGCAGGCGCAGUACGGGAGGCGGCGGCGGCGGCGGCGGGGGGUUGCGUCGUGUCGUGGCUUCAGCGGCCGGUGUGCAGUGAACGGGACAUCUGGGAGCUGUUCCGACUGCCGUACCGGGAGCCGCACCAGCGCAACGCGUGAGCGCAGCGCGUGAUAGACGUGUCUGGUGGCGGCGCCGAGUAAAGCAGGCAGAAUGACCUAAAAACCGAUGACCGACAAGUAAGCGGACGGCGGUUACCGUCCAUUUGAAGUAACCUGUCUGCUCUCAGUGCGUUCUGCUGACCGCUUUCACUGCUUGCAAGCGAUAAUUCCGCUGCCGUCUGCUGCACUCGCACUCGCACUCGCAUUCGCAUUUAAGCAUUUCAAAUAAAGCCUGGACAAGCACACCAAUAGAUGUGGGGCCUGCGGCCGCGACUGAAGUGCGUGGCCGCACUUCCGGAGUCGUGGCGUUUCAAGCGCCGGAGUGCUGCGAGUGUCGUGUUAAAGGAUGGAGACGCGGAGUUGGUGGCGGGGGGCAGCUGCCCGCUCUGCGGCUGAAUGGUUGCUGCUUGGAGAAGGGCUCAUCGCUGGUACU